AUGUGAGGAUUUCUACUAUGGUCAGCCAGAGCUACCCAAUGGGUUCUGUACUGCCUGUGAUUGUAAUGGUAAUUCUGAUCAAUGUGAUAGCAUAACUGGCGAGUGUAUUGACUGUCAGUUUGACACUACUGGAUUCAAUUGUGAAAGGUGUAUUGAUUAUCAGUUUGGUAAUGCUUCACAACAGAACUGCCAAGUGUGUGGUUGUAGUGUUACAGGUACAGUAUCUGCAAGUUUCAAUGCUGGAACAUGUGAUUCUAUAACUGGACAGUGUGACUGUAAAAAUGGUGUUAACUCAAGACAAUGUGAUGAGUGUUUACCAACCUGGGUUGAUUUUAGUAUUGAUGGUUGUACAGAAUGUAACCAAUGUACACAGACGCUAUAUGAGGCAGUGACCGAGUUGACAACAAACUGGGAUGACUAUUACGACACUGCCAGCUGGGUUAGUGAGUUACAAGACAGGGACAGAGAACUUCAAUCACUGAUGCAAGUCAUGAAUGUCUCAGUAACUGAUUUACAGAAUGAUCAACAAUUAUUUGUGGAUCUCAGAACAGCUGUUGAUGCAGUGGAUACAGUGUCUUAUACAACUCUUGUGUCUAAUCUCAAUUCUAGA